GUGAUGAUAUUGAAUUCGCUAAAAUUAACGAUAAUAAUACGGUUAUAACUUUUAUCGAUGAUAACCAAGAUAGUGAAUCUAUCGAUGAUCAAGGUAGUGAAUCUAUUGUUGAUGAUGAUCAAAGUAGUGAAUCUAUUGAUGAUGAUCAAGAUCAAUUUGAAAUUUGUUGGUUUCAUACUGCAGAAGCUACUAUCGUUCCGGAUGGACUUAGCAAAAAUUAUUCUAAAGUUAUUGACUUCGAUCAACUACCUGAACAUGUCAAGAACUUAUAUCCAGAAUUGUGGAAGAUCGUUACUAAAAAAACAGAAAGUACAUUCAGAAACACUGCAAUAGAAAAUCGAGCUGCCAGAACACCACUCAUGGAAAAAUUUGAAAAAUUUCAACCAGAUUAUUACGGUUUUAAAGAAAUGUACAUUAUUCUUAGAACUCUUAGAACUCUUUUUGUUGAAUCCAAAAAAUUAUUUUCAAAUAUGAUAUUUCCUCUAAGUCCUAUGGAGUAUCUUGCGGAAGUGCUUGUUCCUGAAACUGCCAUUAGAUUAAUUGCUCAGGAUCGAAAUAUUUCAUUAUUGGAAUCAGCAGAAAUAAUGAAAGAUAGUACAAACUUUGGAAUGUAUAUUCAUGAUGUAGAGGAGAACAAUAUUUAUGAAAUAAUUGAUAACAGUUUACUCUAA